ACGAAAAAAAAAAAAACUGAAGUGUGAGACAGAGAAAAACAAAGUAGAGAGAGGGAAGAGAGAAGAUAAUAAUCAUAGCUCCAAGUUCCAAACCACAAUUUCCCAGAAAAAAAAAAAUAAACACAAAAAUCAGCUCCACAAUUUCGUUUUAAUUUCUUCCUUUCUGAUCUUACAUGCCUAUGGAUCCCUUUGAGUUGAUUCGCGAAGGGUUUGGGUGAGACUAGCCGGACAUGUGCAGUUACUGUAAAUAGACUAGAUUAUAUUUAGUUAUUUUGUUGACAUCUUAGUUAAUAAUGAACUUGUCCAAGAAAGUAUCCCAAACGGAUGCAAAGCUAAGCAGCCCAAACAAGGCAACCACUUUGAAUCCAAAUGCAGCAGAGUUUGUUCCUUUUUCUCUCAGAACAUCGUUCUCUGGAACUGCCAGCUCGGUUGAUGCAACAGCAAGGCUUGCCAAUGCUGGGGCUCUUGGAAAAGCAGUUUUAGAUCGGUCAGAAUCAUCCAUUUCAAACAAUUCCGAUGAUGAGGUUCACCAAUACUGGCGAUGUCAGCUCCCUGACGAUAUAACCCCUGAUUUCAAGGUCGCAGGAGAAGAUGUAUCCCAAGAUGUUAAUGACCUUUCUUUAGUUGGCUUAUCUAUGCAUGAUGACAUUGAAGGCUUGAGGUUUGCCUCAUCUAAAGGAAGUAGAUAUAUAUUAAAUGAGCAGGAGGAAUUAUCUCAGCAGCACAUUAAUGGCAACAGUUUUACUGAUAGAUUAAGGUUUUCCAAUUCUAGCUUUAGGGAGGACCCAUCUUCAGCAAGCUUUCUGAACACUUCAACAAAUCCAUGGGAUAGGCCAAUUGGGAAUGCCAACCAGUUUGUUAGCAGUGGUCAAGAGGGGCUUACUUAUGAUGACAACUCAAGACAUGGAUUUUUAAAUGACAUCUUUUCUGAGAAUGCAAUCGUGAAUGAUACUAAUUUGAACCCCUUGGAGUUUCUGGCUUCUCUGUUCCCUGGUUUUGCGGCAGAAAGCCUUGCGGAAGUUUACUUUGCCAAUGGAUGUGAUUUGCAUAUGACCAUAGAGAUGCUCACUCAGUUAGAGCUUCAAGUUGAUGGUAGUUUCCAUCAGAAUCUGAACUCAAAGACUCUGUCAGCUCCCAAUCUCAGUGCAAUGGAUUUUCCUGCACUUACUUCACCAGAUGGUCAGACAGCUUCUGUAAAAUAUUCUGUAGAUAAUGUCCAGCAAAGUGGCAACCCUUACCGAUCAUCAGACAAAGACAUUCUGUCUUUCAAAACUAGCUCUUCAAUUCCGACUAGAGGUGCUAUUGACUUUGCUUCAGCUGUGAGGAAGCUGGCUUCUCAGGACUCUGGUAUUUGGAAGUAUGAUAAAAGCGGUUCUGGUGAUGCUGCCAUUGGGUCAAGUAGGACAUCUCAUGUUUUGGCUGGCUACGAUGGUGGACUGGGUAGAGCCAGCUUCAGUGACCGGUUACAGACUCGUGGUUCAGCUCGGGCAGCACCUGUUUGGGUUGAUACUGGUGAUGCAGUUGCAAAUAUGUACUCGGAGCUGAGGGAGGAGGCUCGUGAUCAUGCACGCUUACGUAACGCAUAUUUUGAGCAGGCACGGCAAGCCUAUCUUAUUGGCAAUAAAGCCCUAGCAAAGGAACUUAGUGCUAAAGGGCAAGUGCACAACAUGCAUAUGAAAGCAGCUCAUGGAAAAGCUCAGGAAUCUAUCUAUCGCCAGAGGAAUCCAGUUGCUCCAGAGAUGCAGGGGAAUGGAAGAGGGCAAGAGAGGAUGAUCGACCUACAUGGACUCCAUGUGAGUGAAGCCAUUCAUGUGCUAAAACAUGAGCUUAGUGUGCUGAAAAACACGGCCAGAGCUGCCGAUCAGCCUCUGCAGGUCUAUAUUUGUGUGGGGACAGGUCAUCAUACGAGAGGUUCCCGCACUCCUGCAAGACUUCCGAUAGCUGUACAGCGUUUUCUACUCGAAGAAGGUCUUGACUUCACAGAACCUCAGCCAGGCCUACUUCGUGUUUUACCAGAUAGAACAGUUGAUGUUUGCAAAACAAAUUCAGUUACAAACAAUUCUCCAUCUCUUCCAAUGAUGCGAUCCACUUCCACUCUCUUGCUCUCCAGACCUUCCCUUUUCCCUUCUUCCUUCUCAUUUUCCACCACCUCCCUGUCUCAAUGGUUUUCCUUUCUCCGCCACGCCAUCGCCACCUCCGACCUCCUCCUCGGAAAACGUGGCCACGCCCUCAUCAUAACCUCCGGCCACCACCAUGACCCUUUCCUCGUCAACAACCUCAUCACCAUGUACGGCAAAUGCGGCUCCCUCUCCUGCGCUCGCCACCUGUUCGACGUAAUUCCCCACAGAGACCUUGUCACCUGGAAUGCCAUUCUCUCUGCAUACGCCCAAGCCGGUGAUGCUGACAUUGUCAACGCUCAUGAGGGUUUUCGCCUUUUCCGUGUUCUCCGCGAGUCCUUUGUGUUAACCACUCGUCAUACUCUGGCCCCUGUGUUCAAGUUAUGCCUCCUUUCUGGGUGUGAAUGGGCUUCUCAGGUGCUUCAUGGCUAUGCGGUUAAGAUUGGAUUGGAAUGGGAUGUGUUUGUGGCUGGGGCAUUGGUCAAUAUAUAUGCUAAAUUUGGGAGGAUCAGAGAUGCCCGUGUUCUGUUUGAAGGGAUGCCCGUGAGGGAUGUGGUCUUGUGGAACGUCAUGAUCAAGGCUUAUGUUGAAAUGGGUCUUCAGGAUGAAGCUUUGUUUCUCUUCUCGGCGUUUCACAGGAGUGGCCUGUGUCCUGAUGAUGUUACUGUCCGGAGUGUUCUUAUGGGUGUUAGUAGAACUGGUUUUGAAUUGCAGUUGAAGCAGGUUCGAGCUUAUGCUACAAAGUUGUUCCUUCUGGAUCAUGAUUGGGAGGUUGUCAUAUGGAAUAAGACACUUAGUGACUAUCUUCAAGCUGGAGAGACUACGGAGGCUAUUGAAUGCUUCAUGGAUAUGAUCAAAUUGCGGGUAGCAUAUGACAACAUGACAUUACUCGUGAUGCUAUCUGUGGUUGCAAGUGAAAAGAAUAUCAAUAUGGGAAAACAGAUUCACUGUGUUGUUGUGAAAAUGGAGUCUGAUCGUGUUGUAUCAGUUGCAAACAGUCUUCUUAAUAUGUACAUGAAGGCAGGUUCUAUUGAUUAUGCGAAAAUCGUGUUUAGUCAAAUGAAAGAAAAGGAUUUAAUAUCAUGGAACACAAUUAUAUCUGGUUGUACGCUGGGUGGUUCGGUGGAGUUGUCCAUAAGCUUCUUUGUUAAUUUACUACGCAGUUGCCUAUUGCCGGACCAAUUCACAAUUGCAAGUGUUUUGAGGGCUUGCUCUUCUCUUAAAGAGGGCGUCUAUUUCAGUAGACAAAUUCAUACUUAUGCAAUAAAAGCUGGUAUCAUCUAUGAUUCGUUUGUUUCAACAGCUUUAAUUGAUGCCUAUUCCAAGAGUGGAAAGAUGGAAGAGGCAGAACUUCUUUUUAAAAUCCAUGAUGGAUUUGAUUUGGCUUCUUGGAACGCUAUGAUGCAUGGGUACAUAGUGAGUAAGUGCUAUCACAAAGCAUUGGAGCUUUUCAUUCAAAUGCUUGGAAGUGGUGAGCAGGGAGAUCAGAUUACUCUGGCAAAUGCAGCUAAAGCUGCUGGAUGCUUGGUGGGGCUUGAACAAGGGAAGCAGCUUCACGCCAUUGCCAUAAAAAGGAUAUUUAAUUUAGAUUUGUUUGUUAUAAGCGGGAUUCUGGACAUGUAUCUAAAAUGUGGAGAGAUGGAAAGCGCAUGCAAAGUUUUCAGUAAGAUCCCUUCACCUGAUGAUGUUGCAUGGACAACUAUGAUAUCAGGAUGCGUGGAUAAUGGAUAUGAGGAGCAUGCUCUUUUUACAUAUCAUCAGAUGAGACUUGCCGGUGUGCAACCUGACGAGUAUACCUUUGCCACCCUUGUCAAGGCUAGCUCUCUUCUAACAGCAUUGGAACAAGGGAGACAGAUUCAUGCUAAUGUUAUCAAGUUGAACUGUGCUUUAGAUCCUUUUGUUAUGACCUCGCUUGUUGACAUGUAUGCCAAGUGUGGGAACAUAGAAGAUGCCUAUAGAUUGUUCAAAAAAAUGAACAUGAAGAGCAUCGCCUCGUGGAAUGCUAUGAUAGUUGGAUUAGCUCAACACGGAAAUGCAAAGGAGGCCCUCAACCUUUUCAAAGAUAUGAAGUCUAAGGAUGAAAUGCCUGACAGAGUUACCUUUAUAGGAGUCCUUUCUGCUUGUAGCCAUUCUGGUUUGGUUUCUGAAGCAUAUGAAAAUUUCUAUUCUAUGCAAAGAGACCACAGAAUUGAACCCGAGAUUGAGCAUUAUUCCUGUCUUGUUGAUGCCCUUAGCCGUGCAGGGCGCAUACAGGAAGCUGAAAAGGUUAUAUCAUCGAUGCCCUUUGAAGCUUCUGCUUCAAUGUACAGGACUCUCCUAAAUGCUUGUAGGGUUCAGGGAGACAAGGUGAAGGGAAAACAUGUUGCCGAGACGCUUUUGACCUUGGAGCCGUCUGAUUCAGCAGCUUAUGUUCUUUUAUCCAAUAUAUAUAGAGCUGCUAAUCAAUGGGAAAGUGCAGUGAGUGCUAGAAAUAUGAUGAGAAGGGUAAAUGUAAAGAAGGAUCCAGGCUUUAGUUGGAUAGAUAUAAAGAACAAGGUUCAUUUGUUUGUAGCAGGAGAUAGAUCACAUGAAGAAGCUGAUUUGAUAUACAAUAAGGUGGAUCAUAUUAUGAAAAGGAUUAAGGAAGAAGGAUAUGUCCCUGAUACAGAUUUUGCACUUAUUGAUAUUGAAGAAGAAGAAAAGGAGAGUGCUCUUUAUUAUCACAGUGAGAAGCUAGCAAUAGCUUAUGGUAUCGUAAGAACACCACCAUCCAUCCCAUUAAGGGUAAUUAAGAACCUUAGGGUGUGUGGAGAUUGCCAUAAUGCAAUCAAAUAUAUGUCAAAGGCCUUUCAACGAGAGAUUGUUGUGAGAGAUGCAAACCGAUUUCAUCAUUUCAGGAGUGGAAUCUGCUCUUGUGGUGAUUAUUGGUGAUUUCAUGAAGUUUAGUUUUAGGAUAAAUAGGAUAUUUUUUAGUAGUGUUUUUAAUUUUGAAUAUUGGACUUAGGAGAUAGUGGAUUGAACCA